AUGGCUUCAGAGUCGGUGAAGGUCGUCGUCAGGUGUCGGCCGAUGAAUGACAGGGAGAAGGCUCUGAACUGUAAAAUGGUGGUUUCUAUUGAGCCCAGCCUGGGCCAGUGUUUCAUCGAAAAGCCGGGCGCGACGGAGGAGCCCCCCAAACAGUUCACCUUCGAUGGAGCCUAUUUCAUCCACCAGCCCACGGAGCAGAUGUAUAACGAGAUUGCCUACCCUCUGGUCGAGGGGGUGACAGAGGGCUACAACGGCACGAUAUUCGCAUACGGGCAGACUGGCAGCGGGAAGUCCUUCACCAUGCAGGGGGUGGCGGACCCUUCUGCCCAGAGAGGCAUCAUCCCUCGCGCCUUUGAGCACAUCUUUGAGAGCAUACAGUGUGCUGAAAACACAAAGUUCCUGGUGCGUGCUUCCUACCUGGAGAUAUACAACGAGGAGAUCAGGGACCUCCUGGGGACCGAGGCCAAACACAAACUGGAGCUGAAGGAGCACCCUGAGCGGGGUGUGUAUGUGCGGGAUCUCUCCAUGCACACGGUGCACAGCGUGAGGGAGUGUGAGCGGAUCAUGGAGCAGGGCUGGAGGAACCGUGCCGUCGGCUACACCCUGAUGAACAAGGACUCCUCCCGCUCUCACUCCAUCUUCACCAUCCACCUGGAGAUAUGCAACACCGACGUGUCAGGUGAGGACCACCUGCGGGCGGGAAAGCUGAACCUGGUGGACCUGGCGGGGAGCGAGCGCCAGUCCAAAACGGGGGCGACCGGGGAGCGGCUCCGCGAGGCCACCAAGAUCAACCUGUCCCUGUCGGCGCUGGGCAACGUGAUCUCCGCCCUGGUGGACGGGAGGUGCAAGCACGUGCCGUACCGCGACUCCAAGCUGACGCGGUUGCUGCAGGACUCUCUGGGGGGCAACACUCGCACCCUCAUGGUGGCCUGCCUCUCGCCUGCCGACAACAACUACGAGGAGAGCCUGAGCACACUGCGCUAUGCCAACCGCGCCAAGAGCAUCCAGAACCGGCCGCGCAUCAACGAGGACCCCAAAGACGCACUGCUGCGGGAGUACCAGGAGGAGAUCAAGCAGCUCCGCGCCCUCAUCUCCGGCCAGCUGGGCGGCGCCGACCUCUCCUCUCUGCUCGCUGCGCAGAAGGCCAAGGCGCCCCCUGGUGUUCAGAUUCGGCCACAAUCCAACACCACAGCGGACAACGAGGCCGAGAAGGAGAAGAUCAAGCAGGAGUACGAGGAGAAACUGGCCAGGCUGCAGGCAGAGUACAGUGCAGAGCAGGAGUCCAAGGCCAAGCUGCAGGAGGACAUGGUCACCUUGUGCACCUCCUACGAAUCCAAACUGUGCAGCUUGGAGAGGAGGGCCAGCCGGCCCCAAACGCUCAGCUCAGGUGCUCCUGGCAGUGUGACUCCGCCCACAGAGGAGGAUCUCCGCCCUGGCACUGCUCCCCCUCAGGAGCUCACAGGAGUGGAGCAGGCCCUGGCUAAGGUGAGCCAGCUGCAGGUGAGCCAGCCGCAGGUGAGCCAGCCGCAGGUGGCCUGCCAUGUGGUCAGGGUCCAGCAGGACACCGAGGGGGAGGAGCAGGUGGAUUCACCCCCCACUGUCACACCGGGACCCCUGGAUCAGAAACAGGUCCUGGAGAGGCUGCAGCAGCUGGAGCAAGAGUUCGUCGGGGGAGAGCAGGCUCGCAACGAGGAGCUUCGGCAGAGACACCGGCAGAGGAAGACUCUGGCCGACCAAAGGAAGAAGCAGCUGAUGGAGGCCCUGGCAGACAGCAGUGAGGAGAGUGACACCGUCCUGCUGCAUGUCUAUGACUCCAUACAGGAGGAGGUGCACGCCAAGAGCCGGCUGCUGGAGAGCACUCAGGCUAAGCUGAAGGCAGCGAGGCUGGAGAUUCGGGACCUGCAGGCGGAGUUUGCGCUGGAGCGGGAUGAUUACCUGGUGACGAUCCGCCGGCUGGAGCGGGAGGGGCAGCUGCUGCAGGGGCUGCUAGAGCGCGUGGCCCCCCUCAUCCGCAGAGACUGCAACUACAGCAACAUGGACCGCGUGCGCAGGGAGGCCGUGUGGGACGAGGACAGCGCCACCUGGAGGCUGCCCGAGGUGGUGGUGCAGAAAACAGCCCUGCCCGCAGCAGUGCCUCCUUCAUCCUCCGGCAAUCAGAGUCGUGUUGCAGCUCACAGGAGCUCGGUGGCAGACAGCGGCGACCUCAGUACGGAGGAGGAUCGCUACAAAGAGAUGCUGAACCGGAGUGACAGCGAGCACAUCGCCAGCAACUACUUCAAAUCCAGAAGAGCCAAUCAGCUGCUCACUGCUGACCCCAAGAGGAGCCUGGCCCCUCACCCUGCCCCCCUCGGUAACGGGACGUCCCACCUCACCUCCAGCGGCUCCAACCUGACCGCCGCGUCAGCCGCCGAGUCCCUCCUGCCUCGUCCUUUCCGUCUGGAGUCCCUGGGCGUCCCCGUGGCCAACACCAAGGUGAAGCGCAAAAAGAGCCGGAGUCAGAUCCCCUACGAUGGAAACUGAGACCAUUCAGCCUGUGCGCAAAAACAAAACCGUACCUGACCGUGACCACAUUUCGGCUUUAACUGUCUCUGUGCUCGGGGUGGGGUGGAGAAGGGAUAGG